AUGGAGUCCUUCUCCUUCAACGGGGAUUUGUCCAAUCUCUUCUCUCUCUACAACUACACCUAUGACUACAGCACAGCCAUGCCAGACACCGCUAUCUCCUCUGCCCCAUGUCGGCCCGAUGGCUCUGUCCUUAACAAGUACCUGGUGGUGGUGAUCUACUGCCUCGUCUUCAUCCUCAGUGUGGUGGGGAAUGGGCUGGUGGUCCUGGUGGUGACCUCCAGCCACGCCAACCGCUCUGUCACCGACGUCUACCUACUCAACCUGGCCGUGGCGGACCUGCUCUUUGCCCUCAGCCUGCCACUCUGGGCCGCCUACCGAGCCCAUGAGUGGGUCUUUGGCACUGUGAUGUGCAAAGCCAUCUCUGUGCUGCAGGAAGCCAACUUCUACAGCGGCAUCCUGCUGCUGGCCUGCAUCAGCGUGGACCGCUACCUGGCCAUCGUGUACGCCACCCGGGCUGCCACUGAGAAGAGGCACUGGGUGAAGUUUGUCUGCUUGGGCAUCUGGAUCUUCUCCGUGCUGCUCUCCCUGCCUGUGCUGCUCUUCCGCGAGGCUUUUCCCUCACCCAGCAAUGGCACCGUGUGCUACGAGCGCAUUGGCGGUGAGGACACAGCCAAGUGGCGGGUGGUGCUGCGGAUCCUGCCGCAGACAUUUGGCUUCGCCCUGCCCCUCCUGGUGAUGCUCUUCUGCUAUGGCGUCACCAUCCACACCCUCCUGCAGACCAAGAACACCCAGAAGCAGCGAGCCAUGAAGGUCAUCUUUGCCGUGGUGCUGGUCUUCCUCAUCUGCUGGCUGCCCUAUAACAUCACGUUGGUGAACGACACCCUUAUGAGGAUGCGGGUCAUUGCUGAGACCUGUGAGAGGAGGAACCGCAUCGACACGGCCCUCUCGGUCACACAAGUCCUGGGCUUCGCCCACAGCUGCAUCAACCCCAUCAUUUACGCCUUCAUCGGGCAGAAGUUUCGCAACAGCUUCCUCAAGAUCCUGGCGCAGCACGGGCUCAUCAGCAAAGAUGCUGUGGCCCGCUACGGCCGCACCUCUUAUGUCUCCACCUCUGGCAACACCUCCACCACUCUCUGA